AAGAAAGGGCAGGCUCCCUCCUCAGUCUGUCUCCCAAGGACUGGAGCAGCUAACAACAUUAUCUUGGCUUGGUGAGACGGACUUAAAGACAUCCUAUCACCCUCCUCCUCCUCCUCACUCUCUCACAAACCAACCCCAGUGCACUCUACCCAAAACUACCAACGUGAAACAAACAAGACAAAAAAACCCAAUUACCAAACCUUCAAUUUUUUUUUGUUUUAUUGGAACACAUUAGCAAGAGAAAGCUGAAUCAUUCAAUCCCAGAGGAGCUGCCAACACAUUUACAGAAAAUAAAAGAAAUGGAACAGCUUAGUUGCAAACACAGAAGUAGCAGCGUGGAGGCAGAAGCCCAGCUCUGCAGGCAAACGGAGAGCAGGAGUACACAGCUGCCAAGAAUGUCAGUCAUGAGGCAUCUAUUCCUCCUCUCAAUCACCUUCCUGGUAUACACCCUAGACUCUGCUAAAGCCUACAGAGCAACAGAGACCCUGUGCGGCGGGGAGCUAGUGGACACCCUACAGUUUGUGUGUGGAGACAGGGGCUUCUAUUUCAGCACGAAUAAUGGCCGCUCCAACCGCAGGCCCAACAGGGGGAUCGUGGACGUAUGUUGCUUCAAGAGCUGUGAUCUGGAACUGUUGGAAACAUACUGUGCAAAGCCAACUAAGAAUGAGAGGGAUGUCUCCACUGCACCUGCCACAGCAAUACCACCACUGAGCAAGGACCUGUACCACAAACAUCACCACACAAAGAGCUCCAAGUAUGACAUCUGGCAGAGAAAGUCCAUCCAUCGCUUAAGGAGAGGUGUCCCUGCUAUUGUACGGGCUAGGCAGUAUCGAUUGCUCAUGGAGAAGGCUGAAGAAGCAGAGCAGGCACUAUCGCAUCGGCCCCUUACCACCUUACCCAUAACCCGGCCUCUUCGUCUGCAACAAGCCUCAGAACCUUCCCACAAUUGAACCAGGGACCUUUCACUAGAAGAAUCCCAUUGCCUUCAUCUUUUGUUUUUCUAACUUUUGUCAUCUCUGAAUGGGAGGGAAAUCGGGUCCGGCCUUACCCCUCUCUCUAUAUCCUAGGCCGAUGAACAGAGGUGAGCCUAUAGAGCUCCUUAUCACACCUCAAGGAGGAGAAAAAGGAAUAAAAAGAAAGACGCCAAAACCGGAGCAAGAUGUUUUUCUCGGGUACAUUUCUGUGGAUUUAUGUGUCCUGUUAUUUUUUUUUAUUCUGCAUUUUAACCUGCAAACCCAUCAGUGUAUGUGUACAUAUAUAUACAUAUAUGCAAAUACAAUUCGUCUAUACAUACAUACACAAAUGUGCAGCAAAGGAAUCCAGAUGGUUCAGCACUUCAUGACUUUACCUGCGCACCGGAGCUGCAAAUAUUUUUUCCAUUUCCAAGUAUUAUGCAUUUCAAAAUCCUUAGAAACCGUGGAAAUGGUUUUAAAAAAAAAAAACAUUCAAAAAAAGGGAACCUUUAUUACCUAUGGGUCUAUAGUUUCUACACGAUGUUACAUCUACAAUUCCAUACAGCAUUUAAAUAAUGAUGUCCAAAUUAAUUGCACCUUUUUUGAAUGCCUGGAAAAAAAUUCUAAGGACAUCUAAGUUUUUUUUUUAGCUCGAUUGCUUUUGUGUCACGGUGGACUGUGAUAUAAUAUUCUGCAGAAUUGUUGCAGCCCGUCUGGCACAGUGGGAGAUAAGCACAAGAGUUCCAAAUGUAUUUGCACCUUUUUAAUCAAUGAGAAUGAAGAAUGAGGGGAAAUUAGAAGGAAGGCUUUUUUCAUAAUGGUGAGAGUGGUCUGCUUUGCACAUGUGCCACCGAUUACAAUGAUUUUAUAUAUGUAUAAUAUGUAUAAUAUAUUGUAUUAAGUUUUUUUUGCAAAAAAAAAAAAAAAAAAGCCAAGCACUAUUUUUUACGGGGAUGUUUUUCUAAGGUAGUGAAAGACAUGAGAUUGGAUAAUUUAAGUAUGAUCUGCAAUGGUGCUAAAGUCAUGCAGAAGGUUAGAAGGAGCGGGAGAUGUUGGAGGGUCAUGAAACAUGGGUCCCCUUACAUGGCAGAAGUUUCCGAUGAUUUACUUUGAUUGGCGCAACUGCGCGAUCUUCGUGUAAAGGGCCCCUGUUGUAGCAUGAAAGCGACUGAUUAUAUACAGUGAACUUGAAAAAAAAAAAAAAUUAGCCUUUUCGUUUUAA